AAGAGAGUCAGUGUAGCCACGACCACUGAAAGGGGAGGAAGUCUGUUUGUCUGUCUGUCUGUCUGGAUGUAUAAUAAUUGCAACACUAGUCUUUCCAUCCAUAAUACUCACACACACACACCUCAUACAGCCAUCCCCAGAUGGUAUAACUGAAGAACAGUCCUGUGUAGGAGCCAGCCGGAGCUAGCACAAUGUUGGAACAGGAGCGGUCGGAGGAGCUGAUAGUGCAGCGUUUGGAGAAAGGAACGGCUGUUGAUCGUUUCCUCCCCAAACACAAGCCUGAGAGUGGUAUACUCAAAAUUCGACGUGAGACUCACCACCUCAUAUGGAGUUGCAACCAGAAUGCCAGUGAUGUAAUAAUAACUUCCCUGGGGGACAUUAAGGAAGUGCGACCAAAUCAGGCAUCUAAGGACUUUGAGAGGUGGCCAGAAGAAGCACGUAAAGUGGAGAAGUCAAGGUGCUUCGUUGUGUAUUAUGGGAAGGAGUUUAAAUUGCGAUCGCUCUCCAUAGCAGCUCUUGGGAUUGCUGAAUGUGGGGAAUGGAUACUUGGCAUUAACUUCCUAAGGGACGAGUAUGCAGAAGGAUCCUACAUUAUUUGUUUGGAGAGGUUCCUCCGCACCGAAUUCUACAGUAUGAAAAACAACAAAAGCACAAUUUCGUUUCGGGACGUGAAAGCUUUCCUGCCCAAGAUUAAUUUGUGGACCAGCAGUAAUCGGCUUAAAGAACUCUUUGAUGCAAAGGAUGACCAGAGACAAGGAGAGAUAGGCUUUGACCAAUUCUUGGAGCUUAUCAUGAUGAUUACCUGGGACAAGCAGGAGGAUAGGAAAAUGCUGAUGGAUCUGGACCAGUACAGUGAAGAUAAAUCCAUCGUGACCAUGCAGGAGUUCCAGGCAUUCUUGGUGGAGCAGCAGCAUGAACUGGAAUACCAUGCUGCUUCUAUCAUUAGAAACUUUGUCCAGGACUUACAAAGAAAUAUCCAAGAACCAUAUUUUCAUGUAGAAGAGUUCUUCCAGUAUCUUUUCUCCAAGUCCAAUGAAGUGUGGAAUCGACGACACAGUUACGUUAACCAGGAUAUGAAGCAACCACUCUCCCAUUACUGGGUUGCCUCCUCACAUAACACAUACCUGACAGGAGAUCAGCUGGCAAGUGACUCAUCCGUAGAAGCCUAUGCACGAGCACUGCGUCAGGGUUGCCGUUGCAUUGAGCUGGACUGCUGGGAUGGCCCCAAGGAAACACCCAUUAUCUACCAUGGCCACACCAUCACCAGCAAGAUUGGCUUUUUGGAAGUUAUCAAAACUAUCAAAGAUCAUGCAUUUGUUACUUCAAGCUUCCCAUUGAUUCUCUCCAUUGAAAACCACUGUAGCCUCCCACAGCAGAAGGAAAUGGCACGUCUCUUCAAGGAAGUUUUUGGGAAUUCCCUUCUCACCACACCCAUUGAGAGCCAUGAUGAACGGGGGAGACAGGUGAUGCCCUCUCCUGAGAUGCUGAAAGGGAAAGUAAUGCUGAAAUAUAGAAAGCUACCUGGAGGCACAGAUGAACUCACCCCGCUGGUUCCCAAUGCAGAUGAAUUGGGAGAACAAGGGCUGGAUCAGGUCCUUAUCAGUGAUCGUCUCUUCCUCAAAAACCCUGUGGAUCAUUUAGCAUGGCAACCACAUUUGUUUUUCCUCUCUCAAAAUGGUUGCCUCUCCUUUACUGAGGCUGAAAUGGACUCAGACCUGGAUGGAGAUGAUCAGGCCAAUGGCUGGAGGCAUUCAUUUUGUGACAGUGACGAUGAACGGCACAUAUAUCAGAGUUGGUACCACGGGAAGCUUCCUGGUGGACGGGAGAAAGCCCAGGAACUAUUGCAGCAGUACAGCUACUUAGGGGAUGGGACCUUCCUUGUACGACUUUCUGAAAACUUUAUUGGUGACCACACACUCUCUUUUUGGAACCAGGGCAAGGCAAAUCAUUGUCGCAUCAAGACACGGCAAGAGGGUGACAGAACUACCUUUAGAUUGAAGGAUACAUACAGCUUCCCCAACCUGAAUGCCCUCAUUGAGCAUUAUCACAUCAACCCUAUCCGUGCCCAGGUAAAUGCACAGAACCCAAAUGAACUUUCUAUAGUGUUGGGGAAGCCUGUCCCUCGGCCCAAUGAUCAUGAACGCAUGGAAUGGUACCAUGCAAACAUGACCAAGGAGGAGGCAGAGGAAUAUUUAGGCCGCAUUCAGGACAACGGUGCAUUCUUGGUCCGCCCCAGCCAGGAGCCCAACAGCAUUUCCAUCUCAUUUAGGGCUCAAGGCAGCACUAAACACUGCCGGGUGAAGCAGGUAGAUCAGUCCUACCUCUUUGGCACAGCAACCUUCGAAAACCUGGUAGACCUUGUAAAGUACUACAAGCGUGAGCCUCUCUACCGUAACGUUAAGCUGCGCUACCCAGUAACCAGACGGGUGAUAGAUUCCCUCCCUGACCAAGACCAGCUAGGUGUGGGGCAGCCAGGGGGCUACAUCACCUGCCUCAGAUAUAAUGUAGUGAAGGCCAAAUUCAACUACACGGCCCAAAAGCCAGAUGAACUCACCUUCCCAAGGCAUGCCAUCAUCCAUAAUGUGAAUAAAGUAGAAGAGAACUGGUGGAAGGGCGACUAUGGUGGCUCACGUCAAUAUUGGUUCCCAGCCAACUUUGUUGAGGAGAUCCAGCCGGAGAAUAUUAAUGAAGGGGCAGGGGAUACUAGGAUUCUGGGAGACCUACAAAAAGGUAAUGUAGACCUACGGGGAUCAGAUGCUGUCCUGAAACCCUACAAGGAAGAAAACCCAUGGAACAUAAACUUUGUCAUCAGGCUUACGGCUCCAACACUGUACGAAGAACUGGAGAUUGGGUGUGUGUCUGAGCAGAAGGCCCGGGAGUGGAUGGACUCUAUAAGCAGUGUUGCCUCUAUAGGAGAUACGAGUUUUCAGCAGAAAGAAACAAAAAAGCGGAUCGAUAAGGAUCUCAGCGAUCUGGUGGUGUACUUCCAAUGUGUUAACUUUGACAUUCAGCGCCGAUGUCACAAUGAAAUCUCCUCCUUCCCGGAAACCAAGAUGAUGAACCACAUAAAGGAAAAUCCUAAGGCGCUCCUUGAAUUCCAUAAGGUUGGGUUCAGCAGGGUGUACCCAAAGUCAACACGCGUGGACUCCUCAAACUACAACCCCAUGCCAAUGUGGAACCAUGGCUGUCAGUUGGUGUCCCUCAAUUACCAGACUGGAGAUAAAAAUAUGCAGCUGAAUGAAGGAAUGUUUCUGCAGAAUGGAAAGUGUGGGUAUGUUUUGAGGCCCAAGUGUCAAAUGGACCCUAACUAUGACCCAUCUGAUCCAACCACCCUCCGAAAUAAGUACCCCCUCAAAUUAGAGAUCAAAAUAUUUGGAGCACGACACCUCACCAAUACCAAGAAAGGCUGCAUCUCCCCAAUGGUAGAGCUGGAGAUUAUUGGCUGCGACUACGACUCUCAGAAGAUUUCCACCAGGACUGUCCGGGACAAUGGUCUCAAUCCAGUGUGGGGUGAAACAAUGCACUUCGAUGUGAUGAAUCCUGAAUGUUCUCUUAUUCGCUUUGUGGUGAAUGAUGUAGACAAUUUUGGAGAUCUUAAUCAGAUUGGCCAAGCUACCUAUCCGGUACUGUGCUUGCGGGACGGUUUCCGCAGUGUUCCCCUUAAAAAUAACUUCUCAGAUGAAAUUGAAUUGGCAUCCCUCCUUAUCUACUUGAAACAAAGCAAGGGGGUGGAAAAUCCGACAUCAUAUGUCGACCAUUUGCAAGAGCUGGGCAUAAUGCGGGAAGAGGCUGAGAGGAAUAAUGACCAUGAGCGUGCAAACCAGCUAGCCGAGGCUUGGAAACGUCUUGAAAUUAGCAUGAGGAAGACCAGCAACCUCUAACUACCUCACCACCAGUAAGUGUUGGGAGUUACCAACCAAUGUCCAAGGCCUGAGGUCAUCCCCACUCACUUUCACCUGGUGGCCAGUCCACCUGAUCCAUCCAGUCCCAUGUACUGCAAUAAGUAUUGACAAGUUGAGUGCCUGAUCACUUACCUCAAAGGAAGUGACAGCCACCGAUCUGAGUUUUUUACUAGUAUAACAAGUGAGCUUAUAUGAAGCAUAUGACCUUGGUUCCAUUAUAUGUAAGUCAACUUCUAAGUCAUUCUGUAUUUUAUGUAUCUUAAAGUAUUCAUAACUGCAUAAUUGUUGUUGUCUGUGUAUAAAUGUAUGUAAAUACCAUAACAGGAGACAUAACAGUUCAUGGCAUGGCGGCAGACUGUUUAGUAAGCAAUCAAUUCCAUUUUAUCUUUGUGGAGCCUUUCAUACUGCAUAUCUUUAAGCAAAGUUUUUAGUGAAAAUUUCAAGUCUACCACACUGCUGAGUCAAAGCUUACUUACUGAGGUAAACUUACUGCUCAAACAAAUCAUAAAAAUAUGUACAGCUCCAUGUUUUGCAGGGUAUUAAGUUCAUAUUAGAUGCAACAAAUAGUGAAUUGCUGUUUAUCUGCAAAAACUAGAUUUGUCCAGAUAAUAUGCCUUAUAAAGUGUAUGAAGUCUGAGUAUUUUUCUAAUACUGUUUAGGAACUGUGUGGUAAUCUCAACAAAAUUAUCAUGAUUGAAAAUGGUAAUGAACUUGACUAUUUUGUAUCAAAGUAUAUUCAAGAGAUUAUGGCAGUCAUUAUAUAUUAUUGAACGUUAUUGAAUAUUUACUCAUUUUCAGUUCAUAGGUAAAAAUAUUUAAGUAUAGAUUUUUUGUCAAUGAUUCUUUUAAUUAUCAGGAAUGUACAUAGUUUCAUAUGUACAUACUUGCAUAUGCCAUGUAUAUUUUUCUUCAGGUGUGCAUAAAUUGUGGAAAAUUAUUAAAAAUAUCCUGUUUAUUUGAAAAUAAUGCUUAGGGAUUGCAAGGAAUAUUAAAACUUAAUUAGGUAAUAUUUUACUUGUAGUAUCAAAUUAGAACAAAAUUACCUGUCACUGGUAACAUUAAAGUCUAAGAGACAGUUUCGUUGUCACUAAUGCAUAAGCUGAUUUUUCCAGCUGAAGGAAAGCAAAGCAGUGGUAAGCUACAAUGCUCGGUGUGUGUGUGUGUGUUCUCUUACCUAAUUGUACUUUUACAGGAUUGAGCAAAGCUAAUAUUAUCUAGAUUUUUUUAUUCAUUUUGUCAUAAAUGUCCAUAAAUUUGUGAAUUUGAUUGACAGACAACCUCAUUUGGUACUGCUUUCCACUGAUCAACUGAACUAUUUGGAAAACUGAAUUUUCUUGCAUCCUUUUCACCACUUUUCUUAAACAUUUUUCUGCUGUGUCCUCUAGAUGUUAGUUUCUCAUAUGACAUAUACUCAUUUACUUCUAUUUUCUCUCUUCCUGUUACAAACUUAUGUAUUAAUACCUUUUCAAUUUUCAAGAGUUACCAUUUUUGUAAUGUAAAUGCUUCUUAUGAUCUUCAUAUUUGGAUUCUGUAUCAUAUAUUGCCAUAAAGUUAUAUUCCAGUAGUAUAUGAUCACAUUUGCAUAAAGAAAAAUCAUAUAUCAGUUUCUCAAUUUCACUUUCCUUUGAUUAAUGAGAGUUCAUCCAAUCCUCUGUUCCUUGUGUCCUGUCUUACAUGAUGAAACAGGAAAAAAGUCCUGAAUCAAAUUAGCAGUUUUUGUUCCCCUAGAUUCCAUACAUCUAAGCUAUACCAAUUUAUAUUUGUGUUAAUAUCUCCAUUUAAUAUCCUCUCCAGCUUAUCAUCCAUUUGGUGGAAUACGGUUCUUAUUCAUUGUACUGCAUCAUGUCUGUCAGGUGUAGUCUUCUGUAUUUCAUGUGUUUGUGUCAGGAGGCAUGCAAAGAAUUACCACAAUUGUGUCGCUCCCAGCUGAAGUGAAGUAAUCGAUGCUUAGGAAAAGUGCAGAAACGCUCCGGUGUAGCGCCCUGAGAGUGGGGCGGACCAGAAGUGGUGAUAGCCAGUGUUACCAGAAGGGAUAUUCAUGUCAGUGUGUGGGAAAUGUCUGUAGAUGGCACAGAAUGUUUGUCCAGUACAUUUAAGUCUUUUUCUCGAAUUUCUACGUAUAUCUUAAGUGAAAAAAAUAUGAAUGAAUAAAUUACAAACCAAAGGAAGCCUUAUAUACCAAUGCGAGGAUGUGGUAACACUGAGUGCGGGCGGUCACGUGAUUGUCGACACACUCUGUGUUACCACAUCCUCGCUAACGCCAUAACCUCGUAACCUCGCUCAUUAUUGUCCCAAAAAGUGUCCAUUAUUUCCUAAUGGACUCCAAAGCAAGUCAUUUUCUACAUAUUAGCGAGCUUAUUCACUAAAAAGCCCAGAUUUGAUGAGGUAACUUGCAGUGAAAUUGAUACUGGCUGUUGUUUGUUGCCUUAUAUCUCUUUUCUGUAUUUUUACAUUGCCCGCCUUAUGUUAGGUAAUACUUGAUGUUAUUCAUGCACUCCUUGUACAAUAUGAAUUUCUCAUCAGGCUCCAUGGUGUGUGUAUAGACUCCAUAGACUCCAGAUGUAAUUUUUUUAUUUAUUUUACAUCAAAGGCUGCAGCUCAAGGGCAACAAAGAGAGUAAAAAAAAAAAAAAAAAAAAAAAA